AUGGAUACCGCUAUCCGGAAACCAGAUCCAGGAUCUAGCAUCGCAGUGGAGAGCAUAAGCACAGUACCGAGUUCAGUUGAAACGAGCGAUGUUCCCAGUAAUGACAAUGAUAUGUCAUCAGUCGCCAUUCGGAAGACAGAGGCUUCCAACAACGAUGCUGAAGACCAUUCUUUUCGUGAUCGCAACAAACGGGUGAAUGAGCCAACGCCUAGUGCAGUUCUUGAAGCGAGAGGUGGUGCUGGUCCUCAUGACGCACUGGAGGAGUAUUCAGAUGCUGAUCUCUCAGUCAAGGGUGGGCCUGAAUCAGCCGGCCGGGGAAAGUCGUUGACAGUCAGAGACGCGCCAAAGUCGGAUUCACCAGGAAGCAUCGAUGUUACCAAAGACAGCAUUUCGAAAGUGUGGCCAACUCCAGCUGAAUCAACGAUACCGGCCAAUUGGACGGACAUCGCUCGUGAAGUGCAGCAUGAGCCAGACUCGCAAAAUGAGAUCAGAUGUCGAAUUGAGAUGUGGAAGAAUCUGAGAAGCCAUCCAGGGGAUAUUGAGACUGUGUUUAAACAGAUGCAGGAGCAGGAAGGCGUACGACUUGGGCUUGGUGCUGGUAAGAGGAGUGACAGGCUCAUUGUGCUUGACACGAUUCGCGAAAGAGUCCUUCGAGAGAAAGACGAGGGCUUGAUAGACUCCGCAAUGGCCACAAAUCUUGUUGCGUACAUACAGAAGAGGAUUGGUAGCCGAAGAACCUUAGCGCCUGAGGAUGAACAGGAUUGGGACUUGCUAGAGGACAGUGAUAUGAAGGCACUCGGAUCUGUCAACGGCCGCAAACAAGAGCUUCUAGAUGUGAGUUGGGAUGGUCGAAAGGACAAAGGGAGGUAUCUUGCACCUCGCUAA